AGUGCCUCUGUGAGCGGAGGGGGGAGACUGACCGCCGCUUCCGGUCACCGCUCACUGUACGUGUACUGUAGCCAAGCACGACACUGAGAGCACGAGCCCCAAACUCGCUGCGGGGAAAAUAAAACGCGCGCGUGAAGGAAGUGGUGGCACGCGUCCGCGCCGAAGGGACAGCGGGCAGGACCGACACUCUGGUCUCCCAGAGCUCAGGGACACGAGGACGGGAAGAGAGCCAAACGCAACCGUUCAAAGUUUUGUAUUAGUGGAUGUUUGUUUGUGUGUGUGUGUGAAUCCCCCCCAUCAUCACCACUCCACCUGAGGAUGCGCGGUACGGCGCUUGGAAGGCGGCACGGGUAGCGCGCGGGAUCGCGCACGAGCUCAGGACUUGGUGACAGAUUGGUGGAUCCGCGUGCGCUCCUAUCGCGCCCCUGCGAUGAGCCCGCCUCGCACCCGGACCCACGCGCCAGCUGCUCUCCGUCAGUAGGACCUACAGCGCGUUUAAGAGUGAGGAGGAGGAGGAGGAGGAGGAGGAAGAAGAAGAGAAGGAGGAGGAGAAGGUGUCCCGCUCGCCUCGGUUCCCGACUGGCUCUGUGCGGCUCUGUGUCUCUCUGCUCCGUGUCGGGUGCGAGGCGAAGCAGCAGGCGGGUGUGUGCGCGCGCUCCGCGGUGGAUGUGGACUAUGUGAGGAUGUCUCCGCUCGGGCUCCUCUGUCUCUCCGGACUGCUGCUCCUUCGCGCCAGCGGAUCCCGUCUGCGCCAGGAGGACUCCCCACCCCGCAUCGUGGAGCACCCCUCUGACCUGAUCGUUUCCAAGGGCGAGCCAGCCACCCUCAACUGUAAGGCGGAGGGGCGGCCCAUGCCCACGGUGGAGUGGUACAAGGACGGCGAGCGCGUGGAAACGGACAAAGACGACCCGCGAUCCCACCGCAUGCUGCUGCCCAGCGGCUCGCUCUUCUUCCUGCGCAUCGUCCAUGGACGCCGGAGCAAGCCGGACGAGGGAAGCUACGUGUGCGUCGCCCGCAACUACCUGGGGGAGGCUGUGAGCCGCAAUGCAUCCCUGGAAGUUGCAUUGCUACGAGAUGAUUUCAGGCAGAACCCCACAGAUGUGGUGGUUGGGGCAGGAGAGCCCGCCAUCUUGGAGUGCCAGCCCCCUCGGGGGCACCCCGAGCCCACCAUCUACUGGAAGAAGGACAAGGUUCGCAUCGACGACCGAGACGAGAGGAUAACGAUCCGUGGUGGGAAGCUGAUGAUCUCCAACACCAGGAAGAGUGACGCAGGCAUGUACGUCUGCGUGGGCACCAACAUGGUGGGCGAGAGGGACAGCGAGACAGCCCAGCUCACCGUGUUCGAGCGACCCACCUUCCUACGCCGGCCAAUCAACCAGGUGGUCCUGGAGGAGGAGCUGGUGGAGUUCCGAUGCCAGGUCCAGGGAGACCCCCAACCCUCGGUGCGCUGGAGGAAGGAUGAUGUGGACGUACCCCGUGGGAGGUAUGAGAUCAAGUACGACAAGGAUGACUACGUGCUGAGAAUCAAGAAGGCGUCAGCCGGUGAUGAGGGCAGCUUCACCUGCGUGGCAGAGAACCGCGUGGGGAAGGUAGAGGCCACCGCAACCCUCACGGUGCGAGCCCGCCCUGUGGCACCUCCCCAGUUUGUCAUUCGUCCAAGAGACCAGAUCGUGGCUCAGGGACGCACAGCCACCUUUCCCUGUGAGACCAAGGGGAACCCACAGCCCGCCGUCUUCUGGCAGAAGGAAGGCAGCCAGAACCUUCUGUUCCCCAACCAGCCACAACAGCCCAACAGCCGCUUCUCGGUGUCGCCGAGCGGAGACCUCACCAUUUCUGCCGUGCAGCGCUCUGAUGCCGGGUAUUACAUCUGCCAAGCGCUUACAGUGGCGGGUAGCAUCCUGGCCAAGGCCCAGCUGGAGGUCACCGAUGUGUUGACGGACAGGCCGCCGCCCAUCAUCCGGCAGGGCCCAGCCAAUCAGACGCUGGCUGUGGACAGCGUGGCUCAUCUCAAGUGCCAGGCGUCAGGGGACCCCAUCCCGACUAUCAGCUGGCUGAAGGACGGACUCAGUCUGCUAGGCCGUGACAACCGCAUGUCCCUCCUGGAACUUGGCAGCCUGGUGAUCAGGGAUCUCAGGCUUUCAGACUCGGGGAUUUACACAUGUGUGGCCACCAGCUCUAGUGGAGAAACCUCAUGGAGUGCCUUCCUGGAAGUCAAAGAGUCAGGUGGGGUCACAGUCAUCAAGAAUCGCGAUGAGAACGAGCUCCCAGGUCCACCGUCCAAGCCCCAGGUCACCGACGUUACCAAGAACAGUGUCUCAUUGUCCUGGCAACCUCGGCUACCUGGAGCAUCGCCCAUCACUUCUUUUGUCAUCGAGGCCUUCAGCCAAUCGGUAAGCAACAGCUGGCAGACAGUGGCAGACCAUGUGAAGACCACACAGUUCACGGUGAAGGGCCUGAGGCCCAACACCAUUUACCUGUUCAUGGUACGGGCUGUCAACACCCAAGGCCUGAGCGACCCCAGCCCAAUGUCCGAGCCUGUCCGCACACAAGAUAUCAGCCCUCCAGCUCAAGGUGUGGAUCACAGACAUGUGCAGAAGGAGCUGGGUGAGGUGAUUGUGCGCCUACACAACCCCAUGGUGCUCAGCCCCACUACUAUCCAGGUCACAUGGACGGUGGACCGCCAGUCCCAGUUCAUCCAGGGAUACCGGGUUCUAUAUCGCCAGACAUCCGGGCUGUCGGCACCAGGCAGCUGGCAGAGCCAGGAUGUAAAAGUGCCCUCCGAACGCAGCGUUGUGCUCUCUGGCCUCAAGAAGGGCGUGGUCUACGAAAUCAAGGUCCGCCCUUUCUUCAACGAAUUCCAGGGCAUGGACAGCGAGUCGAGGACAGCGCGCACCACUGAGGAAGCUCCCAGUGCACCUCCCCAGCAAGUCACUGUCCUGACUAUGGGCAACCAGAAUAGCACCUCCAUCAGCAUCUCGUGGGAUCCCCCACCUCCAGACCACCAGAACGGCAUCAUCCAGGAGUACAAGAUCUGGUGCCUGGGAAAUGAAACCAGGUUCCACGUGAACAAGACAGUGGAUGCUGCCAUCCGCUCUGUGGUGGUGGGUGGCCUGCAGGCGGGCGUGCUUUAUCACGUGGAGGUGGCUGCCAGCACCAGUGCAGGGGUGGGAGUCAAGAGCGAACCGCAGCCCAUCGUCAUUGGCAAGGACUUCAGGGACGUGAUCAUGAGCGGAAACCGCAACAACAGCAUCACAGAGCAGAUCACGGACGUGGUGAAGCAACCGGCCUUCAUUGCUGGCAUUGGAGGGGCCUGCUGGGUCAUCCUCAUGGGCUUCAGCAUCUGGCUGUACUGGAGGAGGAAGAAAAGGAAGGGCCUGAGCAAUUAUGCUGUUCAGUCCUUCACCUUCACCCCUGCAGUCACGUUCCAGCGUGUGGACGGGGGCUUGAUGAGCAACGGAAGUCGACCCGGUCUGCUGAACCCCAGUGACCCAGGGUACCCUUGGCUGGCCGACUCUUGGCCCGCUACCAGCCUACCUGUCAACAAUGGCUCCGGGGGUCCCAACGACAUGGGAAACUUUGGCCGAGGAGACGUGCUGCCUGCAGGGCAGGGAGAGAAGACGGGCACCAUGCUUUCGGACGGCGCCAUCUACAGCAGCAUAGAUUUCACCACCAAGGCCAACUACAACAGCCCAAGCCAGGGUUCGCAGGCCACACCCUAUGCUACCACACAGAUCCUGCACUCUUCCAGCAUCCACGAGUUGGCCGUGGAGCUCCCUGAGAGCCAGUGGAAGGCUUCUGUCCAGGCCAAGCAGGAGAUGACCAGCCUGGGCUACUCACUGCCCGACAAGAACUCGUGCAACAACACACUCCUUUUCAUUCCUGACUACCGAUUGGCUGAAGGAUUGUCUAAUAGAAUGCCACACAACCAAUCACAAGAUUUCAGCACCACCAGCUCUCACAACAGCUCAGAGAGGAGCGGCAGCUUAUCAGGCGGGAAAGGUGGAAAGAAGAAGAAGACAAAGGGUGGUGCCAAGCCUUCCAAGACCAAUGGACCAAGCUGGGCUAACGUACCGCUGCCCCCGCCACCUGUGCACCCCCUCCCUGGCACAGAGAUGGACCACUACCCAACAGAGCACCAUGAGGGUGGAGGGUACGAGAGUGACGGCUGGGGGCCCCCAAUGUCCGUGCAGACCUACCUGCAUCAAGGCUUGGAGGAUGAGCUGGAGGAGGAGGAAGAACGAGUGCCGACCCCGCCCAUCCGGGGCGUGGCCUCGUCACCUGCAGCUGUGUCCUUUGGUCAACAGUCCACAGCCACCCUGACCCCAUCGCCCCGUGAGGAGAUGCAGCCCAUGCUCCAGGCACACCUGGAUGAGCUGACACGGGCCUACCAGUUGGACAUGGCCAAGCAGACCUGGCACAUCCAGGGGGGUCCCCAUCCGCCUCAGGCCCCUGCACCCCCAGUCGGCUACGUGUCCAGCAGCCUGAUAUCUGACCUGGAAACUGACAUACCAGAUGACGAUGACGAGGAUGACGACGACGACGAUGACGAAGACUAUGAGAUUUCGCGACCCUCUGGGUGCAUUGAGCACACACCUGGCUCCAGCAUGGACAACUUGGACAGUUCUGUGACAGGCUCCAUGGUGAACGGCUGGGGCUCGGCCUCAGACGAUGAGCGGAACUUCUCCAGCCACAGGUCCAGUUUGGGCAGUUCCUCCGAUGGCUCCAUCUUCACCCAUGCAAGCUUCGCCCAGGCACUGGUGGCGGCCGCAGACAAGGCUGGCUACCGCUGUGAUGGCACCAGCCUGACCAAGAGAGGGAAGAGCUACUCUCAGCGGCUGCGUCCCAGCAGCCCCUUCUCCACUGACAGCAGUGCCGUGGGCACACACAGCCUGAACCACCAGAGGGCACCGCGCCCCGCAAGAAAACAGAGAGGUGGCCGCCUUGAACAGACAGCACCCCACCGCCGAGACACUGGCAGCGACGAUCUACCUCCACCCCCAGAGCCCCCACCCUCCCAGGGGUCACGGGUGCCUGGCCCACGGGGACCUCCUGGUGAGAGGAAGGCCUCAUCCCUAGAGAGACAAAACAUCUCUGGCCUGGAGGAGAUGCGGAGCUCGCUGGAACGGCAGCGGCAGGCUCAGGAGCGGCUGGGCUCUGUGGAGCGGGCCGAUGAGGGUCGCAGGGGUCACAAGACCGGCCAGGGAUCAGAAGAGGCCCUGCUCCCCUACAGCAAGCCCAACUUCCCGUCCCCUGGGGGGCACAGUUCAUCCGGCACCUCAUCCUCCAAGGGCUCCACGGGGCCCCGCAAGGGUGAAGGGCACCGGGGGCCACACCAACGCGCCAUCACAGACCACCCUGACCUGGGUUACCUGGGGACCAAUGGGCAGGGACAGCACCCUGGAGAGUUAUAGUGAGCUGACCAGGAGAUGACCGUGCCCGCCUGUACUCAUCCAUAUGUUGCCUCACCACUCGGUGCAAUGAACUUUCUCCAUAUUUGUGUACAAUAUGAAAGAAAAAAGAUGAUAAAGGACUGUAAAUGUUAUGUAAAGACACACAAACACACUUGGCUCUGAUUUGAUAUUUUUGUCUGUUUCAAGAAAGUCUCACCCACCACCCACCUUUACUGUUUUCCCAGCAGGAAAUGUUCCAUAAAAUAUUCAGUACUUAAAUCCAAACUCUCAAAAACAACAGUGUAAAAACCCACAAAGUGUCAGUCCUUGGGGAAAAAGUGAUUUGUUGUUGCAUUGCUAUGCAAACCUGAUUCGGUCUCCGCUUUUUAAUAAUUUCUCUCUUCUUCUUGGUCAUUUGUACUAUAUGUGAAUUGAUAGGCUAUAGUGCCAUGAAAUAUUUGUUUUAUUAUUUGACAUGUUAAUAAUUAUCAUUAAUUGAUUAAUUAUUAUUUUGUUUUUUUGCACUGCAUUUUUUUGGUGAAAAGCACAAAAGCGUAGCUCCUGCGGACAUGAAGAACUGGGAGGAUAUGUGAAGAGGAGUUUCUGUACUGUAAAUUAGAAUAAAAAUAUAUAUAUACAAAUAUAUACAGAGCUGUUAAGGAAGGAUGAGAGCUGAACACUGGUGCACUCAGUGAGGGAGAUGGGGGGCCUUUAGCUGAAACUGCGCUGUGUAGGUGUUCACUCUUAGCUGAGCGAAUGUUCUUUGAUGGCAGUAUUUCCAUUGCUAUUGUCUUUUUUGGUCAUUCGGUGCUCAGUUUGGGGUCCGUGGGGGAGGCCAAGUACUUGAUGGGUGGGAGCAAUGAUUGCAGUGCUGACGGCAGUGAUGAUGGUCAUGGUGAUGAAAUUAACUUGUGCCCUGCCGUGUUUUGCGAGCCCGAGGGGAUGGCCGUCUCUCUGAGGUCUUCCAGAGGAACGGAGAAACACUGGGGGUCUCAGCACAUGCGGGACUGAGAGCACACAACACAGACCUUCAUCUCCACCUCAUCACCAGCUGCCUGAGUGUCACAACUGCCCUCCGCCCAUCUCCCCUCCUGUUUAGCCUUCAUCCCAUGUAGAAUAAGCACGUUUCACUUAGCUGUUUCCCCAUUUGGCCCAGCCGGAAGGAGACUGCUUUGCACAUAUGUAACUUUGCAGUUAUUGUCAUUGAGCUUACGCAGGUUCUCUUCAUUUUGCUGUUGUGUAAUUUUUUUUCUCUCAUCUGUAAAGAACACCUUCCAACCUGAUUGGCCUGACUAAUUCCACCUCAGGGGAUUUAAGCACUUACAGUAUGAACCUCUUCAAAGCUGCAGUGAAAAUAAAACAUACUUGUAAUUCAA